AUGUCUCGCCAAGCACAAGUUACUCACCAGGAAAAGGAAGUAGCAAAAGAAGAGCUCAAAGAGCUGGAGAAAGAAAAGGCCACUUUGGAGGAAGAUUUGGAUAAGGCACUGGAGAAAGGUGAAAACGCGGAGAACAAUGAGGAUGCUGCCAAGCAAAACACAAUUGCCGAUAAUAUUGAAAGUGAUAUUGAAGACCUGGAUAAAGAGAUUGCAAAGAAAAAAGAUGAAGCCGUGGUACCAUUGAUGAUAUGCUGGGAAGAUUCAUUAAUUCUCAAAGUCAUCUUUUCUCUGAUGGUGGAUUACUCAGCUGGAAUACCCAAAUAUAAAGAUAAAGCUGGUGUCAAUUGA